AUGUUCUCAAAACUUCCAUUCCAGGCGAUUCGUGGAACCGCUUCUGCGAUUCGUACUCAUCAGAUUCCUGGCCAUAGACUUCCACUUGCCAAAUAUGGUGGUCGUCAUACUGUAUGUGCCCUGCCAGGAGAUGGAAUUGGCCCCGAAAUGAUUGCUCACAUCAAGAACAUUUUCUCCUUCUGCCAUGCCCCAAUCAAUUUCGAAGAAGUUCAAGUUUCAUCUUCUCUUUUGGAUGGAGAUAUGGAUGCUGCUCUUUUGGCAAUUGAGCGAAACGGAGUUGCCAUUAAGGGAAACAUCGAAACAAAACAUGACGAUCCACAAUUCCAUUCUCGCAAUGUUGAACUCAGAACCAAAUUGGACUUAUAUGCCAAUAUUCUCCACUGUGUCACUAUCCCAACUGUUCCAUCCCGACAUGCUGGAAUCGACAUUGUUCUCAUUCGCGAAAACACCGAAGGAGAGUAUUCUGGAUUAGAACACGAGACAGUUCCAGGAAUCAUUGUAACCCGAGAAAAGAUUGAAAGAAUCUCGAGAAUGGCGUUCGAAUACGCAAAAGCAAAUGGAAGAAAGAAGGUGACAGCAGUCCACAAGGCUAAUAUUCAAAAGCUUGGAGAUGGCCUUUUCUUGAAGGUUGUCCGUGAUAUGUCCGAAGAGUACAAAGACAUCAAAUUCGAAGCCAUGAUUGUGGAUAAUGCCUCGAUGCAACUCGUAUCGAAACCUCAGCAAUUCGAUGUGAUGGUCAUGCCGAAUCUCUACGGAAACAUCAUUUCCAACAUUGCCUGUGGAUUGGUUGGAGGACCUGGAUUGGUAUCUGGAAUGAAUUUGGGAGACAAGUAUGCUGUAUUCGAGACUGGAACUCGUAACACUGGAACUUCUCUUGCUGGAAAGGACAUUGCCAAUCCAACUGCUUUCAUCAGAGCUAGUGUUGAUAUGCUUAGGUAUUUGGGAUGCCACUAUCAUGCCAAUAUCAUCUCCGAUGCUCUAUGGAAAGCUCUCGUUGAGCAGAAAAUUCAUACUAAGGAUAUUGGAGGAAGCAACUCAGCAUCCGACGUCGUCAACGCCACUCUCAUCAAUAUCGAGAAGCUGAUGGAGGAGAACCCGAAAAAAUAG